UUAGAAGAGCGAAACUUGAUGAUCGGCUGUGUGUGAAAGAUAUGAAACCAAGUUUGAAAUGUUUAAUUUCGGAGAGAACGUGGAGCGUAAGAUGUACAGCAGUACACCUAUAGGUGGAUUUACCUUCGGUGGGUCUGUCAGAGUCAGUCAAGCUCCACUCACUUUAUCAGAUGAGCAGAAAGAUCAGCUCUGUGCAUCAAUUGGCGAUGUGGAUCUGACUCUUCUCUAUAAAGCUUCAGUUCAUGGAUAUAAAGCUUCUGCCUUUCAUCAGAAAUGUGACAAUCAGGGUCCCACUUUACUAGUAGCCUACAAUCGUUCAGGCUACAUCUUCGGUGGAUACACUAGUGUAGAUUAUACUCAAAGUGGCCAGGAAAUUAGGGAUGAGGCAGCGUUUCUGUUUAGCUUUCAAGGCAAUACCAGCCUUUUCAUCAAGGCUAACAGCGGAUGUUAUGCACGAUAUGAUGGCGAUGAAGGACCCAACUUUGGCAACAAGUUGUACUUCUGCAACAACAACCAACCAGUUGUGUCUAAUCGAGGAGCAUCCCAAGGUGGACUGUUUGGAAAUGUUAGCGCAAUGAAUGCAUUCAAUUUUAAUUCUUCAACACUAUAUGGAAACGACUGUGCCCUGACUGAAUGUGAGGUGUACAAAGUAAAGCAGACUGAAAGCCCUCUGUCAGACUAUCUGAAGCCAUGGAGGAAUGUUCUGUGGACAGCCGAACAAAAAGCAGAGCUCAUGGAAAUGAUCAGGAAUUAUAAACCCCUGACAUCUUCUGUCAGCCAUAUUCGAAUCCUGAUGAUUGGUCCUGUUGGUGCUGGAAAAUCCAGUUUCUUCAACUCUAUAAACUCCAUCUUUAUGGGUCGCAUAACCAGCAAAGCCAUGUCAGGAUCUGCAGACACCAGUCUGACCACACAGUUUCGAACUUACCCAAUUAAAGAUGGUCGUGAAGGAAAGCCAUUGCCGUUUGUGUUGUGUGACACCAUGGGCCUCGAGGAGCAAUCAGGAGCAGGACUGGACAUUGAGGACAUCAGCAGCAUUCUUCAAGGACAAAUACCAGACCGCUAUAAAUUCAAUCCAGUCACACCAUUUCAACCUGAUGAGCAAAAGUCCUCCAGAUCUGCGUCUCUACAGGAGAAGAUCCACUGUGUGGUGUACGUGAUCGACGCCACCAAAAUCUCCCUCAUGUCUGAGAAACUAGAGGAAAAACUGUCUGCCAUACGCAGAAAAGUCAACUCACUGGGCAUUGCUCAGAUUGUCUUGAUGACAAAAGUAGAUGAAGCUUGUCCACUAGUGCAGGAAGACCUUCAAAACCUUUAUCUCAGUUCCUACAUCAAGACGAAGGUGCAGGAGGUGAGCUCUCGGUUGGGUGUGCCGGUGUCUUGUGUUUUACCGGCGAAGAACUACAGUCAGGAGCUGAAGCUGGAGCUCAACUGUGACGUCCUGCUUCUCACCGCUCUACAGCAGAUGCUCAACUUCGCUGAUGACUAUCUGGAUGAUGUUGCUCCUAUGUAGGAGCAGAAAAAUAUGUAGAAUACCAUCACCUUGUCAGUUGCAAAAAAUUUAGUUUGUUUACAACAAUAAUGGUAAGGUAUUUGAGUACAAAGUAUUAGAGUAUUGUGCUAUAUAACACAUUAGGCAGCUUUUACUUGGUUUUAGUGAGUUUGUGAUUCAAAAUGAGCUUUGAAAACAUUUUUUUAGGGUAAUGAUAAGACAAGUCGACUUUGGAAAGGGGGUCUUGCAUUGAAAUUGUCAACAUAUAUGCUGUUUGCUAAUAGCUAUUAAAAAAUAAAGUGACUUCUUAAUACGGAAUGAUUUUAAGAUCAAUUUCUGUGCAAAGCGGACUGGACUUGACAACAAAUCAACUCAUUAUUGAUAUUUAAAAAAUAAUUCAGCAUGGGUUUAAGAACUUACGAUAUACUCACACUCUGGAAGCUGCUUCAAAUGAGUAAAAAAGUGACCAUUGUACCUUGAAACUGUUGAGUUCAUUACACAAAAAUACAUAGUUUCAUAUUAUACAGUCAUAUUUUUUAAAAACCAUACAUUUUAAAUACCUGCAGCAAAGUGUUAGAGGUGAAAGUGCUGGAAUUAUCCAAUUUGUAUGAAAUUUGGGUUCUAAAGAAAGCUCAUCAGACAUAUCCCAUCCUCUUUUUGAUUAAUUUCAAACCCUUCCCUUGGGAUCUCGGUAUAGAAUUCCUUUGACAUGGACCAACAGAUUAAGUUUUUCAUUUGAUUCUUGUGCAACUGAUUUGCAGAAUUUUAAUGGGAAGAGGUAGCCCCUGUUUUAAUACUAUUCAUGUGUUGUGUGAUGUUGGUCUUAAGUGUGUGGUGUGGUAUGUAUCUUGUAAAUCUAUUACGCUGCAGAACAAAUCGCCCCAAUAAACAAUUUAUACAAUA